UCAAUGUCAACUAUCAAGACAAGUGCUGUAAAGUCAAACUCAAAUCCCAAAUUCCAAUUUGAUGGAAUUUAAAGUUCUUUUGAAAAAUCUGAAUUAAUUUCAAGAUUGUGUGUAUUAAUUAAUUAAAUAUACAUUGCUGAUGAUAAAACUACAUUAAUAUGGCGUGGCUAGGAUCAACCGUACUGAAUUUAUUUUGGAAACCCAGUGUAAACAUUGUUAGGACACGAUAUCAUGCGGAAAAACAGCGUGUCAUUAAGAGAUACGGUUUUGAAGAACAGAUAUGGAAUGGUGGAUUGCUUCCUCGGACGUCGGGGAAACCUUUGCCUAUGCCAGAGUAUAGGCCAGCAAAUCCAUGGUCGGAACGCAAAGCUUUGUUUGGCCAGAAUGACUACAUUGAUAUCCUUGGGCCCGGAGACUUGCACCCUGUGAAGACACUGUACACGGUUCCAUCCUGGAUAAGGGGAGUCAAUGGCAAUGAAUACCAAAUCUUGUUGAGAAAAAGAAAAAUGUUGGGGCAGGCUGGUUUACGUCAAGUCAGACCAACAAAGUGGAAGGACUUGCAAAGAAGAAUAUCUUUCCUGUAUAGAAAGCUUAACAGGAAAACGAAGACAGGACCAUCUCCUAUUUAAAUUGUUAUUAUAGUUUUUAUUUUGUAAUAAGUAUAUUGUAGUGUUGUAUAAAAUAGGAAUAAAAUGCUUUAAACAAAUUA